AGAGAGAGAGAGAGCAGAGAGAGAGAGAGGACGAGGUGAAGCCCAUGGAGAGACCGAAGACACUCCGUCUCACCGCAGCCACUCCUUAACGGAUACCGAUGAAGGCGAAAUCCUGAAGUUGUGCUACAGUUGUAUUUCCCCCGUCAUGGCCGCUCUGAGAGCGGGGUUCAGACUGUCCGGACUGUACCGCAGGCUUUCACACAGCAGGGCUGCUUUUAAACCCAGCGCGAAUCCGCCGAAAACGCUCAGACAUUGGGUUCUUCCAGUCUCUUGCUGCAGCACUGCAGCACCAUCUAGUGAUCUUUCAGUGCAGUACAAACAUGGCCGCCCAGUCCUGGCUCUGCCGCUGCCGUCCCGACAGGAGACAUGUCUUUUCCAGCUGAGACCCAUGCUCUCGACUGUCAGUGAUCUCAUUCAGGACAUCCAGAGAGAGGAUCCAGGAGUUACAGCUUCUGUACUCACCACAGAUGGUGUGAGGAUCGCCUCCGCUACGUCUCUGUACACUCUCAUCAACAAGGACUUCCAGCUGUGUAUCAAUGGAGUUGUCUACAACAUCAAAGCAGCAGCAGCAGCAGAAACCAUGCCAAGCCAGGCCAUGAUGAAAGAGGCAGAUAUAAAAGACCUGGUUCACAUGAUCCACACAGCGCUGAACCUCCCUGGACAUCACCUAAUGAAGGAACGGCAGCUGCGGCAGAAACUGGACAUCCUAAAAGAAGAACUCGUUCCUCUAGAGCAGAUGAAGGCUCAUCUUGCCAUCAGAGCUGAGCACAGGUCGUCUCGCGCCCUCUGGGCGGGGUUGGCUCUGCUCUCGGUGCAGGGCGGAGCUCUGGCCUGGCUCACAUGGUGGGUUUACUCCUGGGACAUCAUGGAGCCCGUCACCUACUUCCUCACCUACAGCACCAGCAUGAGCGUCUACGCCUACUACGUUCUCACCAAGCAGGACUACGUUUAUCCAGAAGCAAAAGACAGGCAGUUCCUGCAUUACUUCUACAGAGGGGCCAAAAAACAGAAGUUCAACGUGGAGAAAUAUAACACACUUAAGGACGAGCUGGCUUCGGUGGAGGACGACUUGAGACGUUUGCGUAACCCAAAUCAACUCCAACUGCCUGUGGAAGAAAUCAGGACCAACAGUCAAGCUGCACUUCCUUAAACAUUAGACCUUAAUACUGGUGUUAUUUAUAAUACUGUUUAACAUUAUUUCAUCACCAACGUUUAGAAAACACCAUACAUGUUGCAAUAUCACUUGCAUUAUUUGGUGCAACCAGAUAUUACAAUAAAGCACUGAGACUGGA